GGUAGAAUGGAUAUCAACACCCGGCUUGGGUUUGAAAUCCACACAGUGGAUGUGGAUUCUGGAGACCUCGUUCUGCUAGGGAGCUGCGUGAUCCACAUCUUUAAUGCGGGAGGAGAGCUCAAUGUGGGCGGGUUUCAGCUCAAACUGAGAGCCAGCCCGCUGCAGGAGGACUCUUCGCCUCUUACCCCUCCCAUGCCAGUGGUUUUUGGCUGUACUCUUCUUAUUCGACUCUUACCACCAACAGAGAUUCCAGUGCCUCCCCCAAACUACUGGACCGGGUACUAUUUCACCGAUGGAGCGAAACCCAAUAGUUCAGAGCUGCAGAUCAUUGCCAGCUUUCAAAAGGACAACAGCUUCCCCAAACGUGUGCUGGACAUGGGCAUGAAGUUAGCCCAGAAGGAGCAAAGCAGAGUGCCGCCGGAUCAGCUAAAAACCUGGUGCAUGGAAAAACUGGGCGAGAGGGGAGGUCUGUCACCAGGCGGACCUCUCAGGUGCAUCGACGUGCAUCGUGCGGUCCACUAUCGGCAGGAAGCUGGCCUCCACGUCCGCAUCAAGCAAGCGUUUGGGCUCAAAGCUGACGGAUAUUAUGUGAAUGCGCUGGCCAGGAUCCUGAAAGGAGCUGCAAGCAAACACUUGCCCGAGCUGCCUCAACGCUGGGGGGGGGAAGAGAAGUUCCUGGCGCAGCAGCUCGACUUUGCAAGCCUGCAGAGAUCCCCACGGUGGACUGACCCUUCCGUGGUUCUGCAUCCGUACCUCGACGACCGCACUGUUCUGCUCGUCCAAAUAUAUGGAUUGGAUGUUGUGUAUACCCCGGACCCAAGUGGACAGAGGCCGGGAGAAAUAGCGCCACGUUCUGGUCGGACCCUUGAACUUAAUGCGCAGUCACAGCUGGGCUGGGCAGCUCUUCAGCUCUUUGACAGAAGCUGCGUGAGAAACGGGGUACACAGUGCGCCUUUGUUCCAGGGGGCGCCAAAUGCCGGAUUUCUCCAGAAGAUAAGCUCUCAGCCCGUGAAAGAGGUAAUGGCUGAAGGUUUGCAGAAGAAGAGGCUAAAAUUCCUCGCCACUCAUGGUAGUGUUGCUGCGGAGCUGUGGGACGGCCAUUACCUUGUCCAUGAGCGUCACGAGUUGCCUGUUCAAAAUGACCUCCUAGACAUUGGCAACAGAAGGAAGUUUCUGGCAACCCAAGCCAGCAAGAGGGGCAAGGCCGUGUCACAGCUUGUUCUGAAAACACUGGAUAAAAAAAUACGGAAGCUGGGCUGCAGCAGCCUAGAAUACCAGCAGCAAGAGCAAUUUUACAAGCAAGUUGUGGGAAAUGCCUUUUACAAUGUUGUGGAAACAGCGCUCUUGAAUGCAGGAUCUGGCCCAUUAUGAAUUAUCAUCUUGAAGUCACUCCACAAGGAGGGAGGAGGCUACUGAAUUGCAGACACAUUUUGAUAACAGUGCUGCAAACCCAGGGAUAUUAGAAGGAAGACAGAACUUCUGAAUCUGGAGACUCAAGUCCUCAACAAACUAUUGGUUUAAUCUGGGAGACAAUAGUUCCUAUCCACUUUUUUUUAAGGUUCUUAUCAAAACUCAAAGCAUCUCUUAACAUAGGCCUUAAAAUUAAUUAAUUCUAAGAGUACAGUCCUGUGUGUGCUGAUCAGAAAUAACUCCCAGGUGAGUGAUUAUGGGAUAGUGCCCUAUGUGUAUUCUUAAAACGGUUACUGUGAUUCACAGCAUUCAUUGGAAGCCCAAACCGAUCUGGUCCUCACAUAAUGCUAACCCAUGGUUUAUUUAACUCCUGGGUGCCCAGGGUUUGCCUGGCAGAUGAUUGAACAAACCAUAGUUUUCUCAGUCCUUGGGUUGUUCCUCUCCUCCUUCAACAGCUUCCUCACUGCAUAUCAAAUGCCACUGUGCACCGUGGUUAAGGCCUUUUUCCUGCUCUUACCUGCCACCUCUAUAGGCUGGUGAAACAUUCCACAAACCACCCAUGAUUCUGAGUUUGCAUGCAACUACAACCCAUGGUUUAAAGAACCUAGAUUUCACAAUCCCCAAAUGAACCAUGGGUUCUCUUUCUCCGUUUUGUGUGUGUGUGUUGUUAGCUGUGUGAGCACCACCACAUUCAUCACAACAAGCCAGAAUUCAAGAACCUAUUCUGUAGGUUUAGCAUGAUGUGUCAACCAGAUAUUAAAUUUGUUGCACUUUGACAUUCACUCACUUUCAUUAUGUAUAUAUGAGAUUUAAAAAAAAAAUCCUACAGGAACAAAACCUAACUCAGGCCUGUUCCGAAGUGAUUCCCUUUGAGUUGCGUGUGACUUACUUCCAGAAAACUUAUAUAGGAUGCAGCCUUAAUAGCAACCCGAUAAACCAAUAGCCUCCCCCU